AUGUCCUCAGAUAAAGAAAAAGAAAAUGGCAACAAGUGUGAUCUAAUGGAUCUAUCUGCAUUUGAUCCAUUGGUGAACGUUGAAGUGAAAGUUGAGCAGCAAGAACUGGACGACUUUUUUGCUUUGAACGUGGAGAAGAAUGGGAUUAAGCUCUGUGAACUACAAGCUGCAGCAGAGAACAAUGGUCACGUUGUGUUUGAAACCGUGAGCAAGGAGUUUGACAGUAGCAGUGAAGAUGAAGGAAAUGGUUCGUUUGAUGAAGAUGAAGUGCCCCGCCAUUCUAACGAGCAGAGGCGACAGUCGGCGAAAAAGCUGUUUCCCAAACCUCAAGAAUUCAUUCCUAGCUUUGAUGAACUCGUCAAGAAAAUGCAUCCAAUCAGAGAUGAUGGGAAAAUUAUGAAAAGGGUUCUCCUGGAGGGUUGUGGCGAGUUGGUGCCAGAGAAUGCAUUUGUGUCAUUCCACUACAAUGCAUACAGAGACAAUGAAGAUGCAUCGUUUGAUUCCACUUUGCUGCGGAGACAUCCAUGGAAGGUUCGAUUGGAGGAUGGCAUUCUGACUGGUUUGAAAGAAGCUCUGAUGUCCAUGAAGCAGAAUGAGAGGUCCCAGUUUCUUCUGCAUCCAGACUUGAUGUACGGGGCAAACGGCUGUCCCCCCAGAAUCCCUGCAAAUGCUCAUUUGAUGUAUGAAAUUACCCUGGAGGACGUCAUUGAAGGAGAAGUUGCCAGCAUGAUGGAGGACCAAAAUCAGUCAACAGCCGACUUCAAGGUCCUUUUGAAAGCAGUUAACCGAGAGCACGCAGAAGGCAUUCAGUUCUUUAAGAACCAGUCUUACAUAUCUGCGAUUGGCUGUUUCAAGCGAGCUGUGCGCCGCCUUGAGAACUUCACCAAGAUUAAGAACAAACAGGACUCUGAAGAGCAGAUGAAAAAACUUCAAACACUCUUCGUGAACCUGGCUAUUUGCCACAAUUCCUUGGGUGAACCUGAGAAGGCGUGCAGUAUGUGCCAAGAAGCGUUGAAGAUUGAACCUCAGAACUCCAAAGCAAAUUUCCACUAUGGAAGAGCACUCGCCACUCUUGGUGAUUUUGAGGGUGCGACUCGAAGAUUGACGAAAGCUAAAUGGAAGAAUCCUUGCGACGAGACUAUCAACCUUGAGCUGAAGAAGGUGCAAGAAAAGAAAGAACUUGCCAAGCAGAAGGAAAAGGAUAUGGCGAAGUUCAUGUUCCAAGGUUCAACUGGAAAAAAAGCUGAGACUGAGGAUCAUUGUGGCUUCCACAAGAAGCUAUUGGUUGCUGAGAAAGAGGAUUUUGAUCCAGUGACGAAAUCAAUGAGUCUUCGUCUGGAUAAAUUCGUCGCUGACAAGAGAGCCAGACAGAUCCACUUGCCACUUGUACUGAACGACAGUGAUGUGGAUAAACUUCAGAAAUUGGCUCAUGAAAGGAAUCUCGGUUUCAGCAUCACUGGACAGAACAUUUUCACCAUUUCCAAAUUGGAUCAUGCAGUGAAAGAAGGCAGUAAAUGAGUAACGUUUAGUAUAUAUUGUACAAGCUAUUAAAAUCUUAAUCCUACGUCAAA